GAUCCAGGCGGCGAGAGGCUGUGUGUGCCCUCCUGUCAUGUCGGGAUUGUGACGUAGACGAAUCCAGAACGGUGGUUUGGGCUCGGUUCAGGCGUGUGACUCGGGAUUCCUCAGUCCGAGAUUUCCUGCAGUGGAUUACCCAUAUUCAGAACAUCGGCUUGAAUCCCGGAUCGAGUAAUCUGUUGUAUUUUCUUUAAUUACGAGCAGGGAUUCGAACACUGAAAUUCCAGCCAAUUACGUUUCAGUUACACCAUUACGACAGCCAAUCACCAUCGAGAAUAAUGUUUACCUGAUUAUGGCGGCAGUUAUGACUCGACGAGUUUUUACAGAGCAGGAGAGAUCUGUCCUUGCAAGACUAGUCAGUGAAAACAGCAUCGUAGAAAGCAAGAAGACAGAUGUGGCGUCAAUUAUUGAUAAGUCAAAGAAGUGGCAGCAAAUAACAGAACAAUACAACUCAAGUGCCAAUGUUCAAAGAAGAACACCACUUCAACUACGAACUUGCUGGAAGAACAUGAAGGUCAAAGCAAGGAAGUAUAUUGACAGUGAAAGACGACCUCAGGUGAAAACUGGUCGUGGUCCUCCAAAUUUUCAACCUGCCAGUAAGGCAGUAGAGGACACUCUGGCAGUUUUACCGCCAAAGAUGUACCAACCUGUAGACAGUGACAUUGGGGACAAUGAACCACUUGCUCAAGCAGAGGAAAGCCUUGGGGCAAUCCAAGAUGAUGCUGUUAUCAUACAGAAUUCUGAAAUAGUAGAGGAUGACAUGGGGGAAAUAUUGAAUGGCAGAGAAGGGACUUCAUCCAACUUAUAUAACUCUAGGCCACAUUCAAGUCUGAGUACUGAAAAUGAAGUGUCAAGACCUUACUCAGGGUGUAGUAACAGGCAUGAAACUUACAGACACCAGUAUCAGACUCCCAAGAAAGUGGCAGCAAGGUAUGUUGAGAAGUCUUGUGAGCUAGAUGUACAACUUCUACAUUCUAAGCUUAGAACAGAAAAAUUGUCUCAAGAAUAUUAUGAUUUGAAAAUCAGAUGUGCUAAAUUAGAAGAAGAAAAACUAAAGAAGGAGUUACUUUUUCAGGCUGAAAAGCACAGGAUGGAGUUACUUUUUCAGGAAGAAAAACACAAGAAGGAACUUAUUCUUCUGGAUGAAAAAUUGAAAUGUAUAAAUAAACAGACAAUUAUAAUCUGACUGAUAUUUCAUUUUACCUUUACUUUUAUCCUCUUCACCACUG